AUCCUCCACAGAGCUACAAUGUGAACAGUAGGCGGCGAUAAUGCUGCGCUGGUUGCACUUCGACACGACAGAAAAAGAAAACGAAGAAGAACCUCGUCGCUGUUUCCUGUUGCUUCCCUGGAUGCCCUGAGUUACAUUUUCAAUCCUUGUGAAGGGGAAGGAAAGAUGUCAGGUGCUGGGGGAGGAAAGCGCCCCUCAGGAGGGGACAGCCCCCCUGGGCCACCUGAGAAGAAGAGCAAAAAAGAGGAGAAGACCACCACCACACUUAUUGAACCCAUACGUAUAGCUGGAGUCUCCUCUACGGAGGAAAUGGACAUGAAGGUGCUCCAGUUCAAGAAUAAGAAGCUGUGUGAGCGCCUGGAGCAGAGGCAGGCGAUGGAGGAUGAGUUACGAGAGAAGAUUGAAAAGCUGGAGAAGAGACAAGCCACGGAUGACACCACCCUGCUGAUUGUCAAUCGCUACUGGUCGCAGCUGGAAGAGAAUGUGCACGUUCUACGCAAACGUAUUGAACCAGAAGCUCCGGCAAUACCAACCCCUGCCCCACCCUCGGCACCGCUGCCCGACCCCACACCAAUGGAGGAAGACGGUGUUACUCUGGCUUCACCAACAUCCGCAGUGCCUCCACCCCCUCUACCAGACGCACAGAAUGAUGGUGAACCACCGGAACAGCAGCAGCAGGAGGAACGUCAGGAGGAGCGUCAAGACGAGCAGCAGCAACCCCCUCCUCCGGCAGGCUCUGACGACUUAAUGACACCAGCAGAUCAACCACCAGAUUCAAAAACAGAUGCAUCGCCGCCUCCUCCGCCCCUCAGUGAAAAUGCCAAGGGUUUCUUGUCGGCUCUGGAGCAGAGCAGUGAGGAGGAACUCACCCUGCACCUCCAGGACCGCAUGCAGUUCAGCAAAGAAGCCAUCGCCUGCUUGGUUUGUGUCUUCGACAGGCUGCACGGUCGCAUCAACGACAUGUGCAAGGUGGCCCAGGCUGCAGUCUGUGAGGACAAUAGCCAGUCUGAAAUCAUCAGUGUGAACCACACUCUGCUGGAGGAGAACAGUCGACUGCGAGACCUCGCCACUCUGCUGCAGGGCCGACAUCACAAGAUGUCCAUGGAGUACAAUGAGUUGGUGGACAAGGUGACCAGUGCAGAGACCAAAGUGUCUGAGAUGGAGACGACGGUGGAGGACCUGCAGUGGGACAUUGAGAAACUCCGCAAUAGGGAACAAAAGCUCAACAAACACCUAGCAGAGGCCAUGGAGCAGCUAAAGUCUGGAUACAGCAGCACUGGCAGCUCAGGUGGGCUACCUGGAGGCCAGAUCACACUGAAUAUUCAGAAGUUUGAGAGUCUCAACGCAGAGUUGGAGCACAACCAGGAGUUGGCUAAUAGCCGCAUGGCAGAAUUAGAGAAGCUGCAGGUGGAGCUCCAGGAGGCUGUGAGGGAGAGCGAGAAGCUGAAGAUGGACCUGCGCAAUAUUCCAGAGGAGGUUGUGAAGGAAACUUUAGAGUACAAAUGUCUGCAGUCUCAAUUCUCCCUGCUGUACAAUGAGUCUCUUGGGGUCAAAACUCAGCUGGAUGAGGCACGGGCUCUGCUGCUCACUGCGAAGAACGCCCAUCUCCGACAGAUUGAGCACAUGGAGAGUGAUGAGCUGUCUGUUCAGAAGAAGCUGCGGACUGACGUCAUACAGCUGGAAGAUACUCUGGCCCAGGUGCGCAAAGAAUAUGAGAUGCUGCGCAUCGAGUUUGAGCAGAACCUGGCAGCCAACGAGCAAGCAGGACCAAUCAACAGGGAGAUGCGACACUUAAUCAGCAGCCUUCAAAACCACAAUCUGCAGCUGAAAGGUGAUGUGCAGCGUUACAAGAGGAAGUUGCGGGAAACACAGAUGGAGAUUAAUAAGUUGCGCUGUCAGAGCGGCGACACGGGGGUUCUGAUUCUCGAGGAAACGACGAGUGACAGCAUUGAUGUAAAAAAGGAGGAUGAUGAAGACCAAGAGGAAGAAGAGGAGAGGAGGAAGGAACUGGAGAGACAACGUGCCCGGGAGAGAGAGAGGGAGAGGGAGGCCGAGCGGGAACGAGAGAGGGAGCGUGAGAGAGAGAGGCAGCGCAGCGACGAACUGAAGAGGAAGGACUCGGACACACUGAAGAUGCUCAGAGUUGAACUCAAAAAAGCCCAGGAGUCCCAGAAAGAGAUGAAGCUCCUGUUGGAUAUGUAUAAGUCGGCUCCAAAGGAGCAAAGAGACAAAGUGCAGCUAAUGGCAGCUGAGCGCAAAUCUAAAGCUGAGGUGGAUGAGUUGAGGAUGCGAGUGCGAGAGCUGGAGGAGAGAGAGAGGAAGGAGAGCAAGAAGCUGGCCGAUGAAGAUGCUCUCAGGAAGAUACGAGUGGCAGAAGAGACCAUAGAGCAUCUGCAGAAGAAACUUGCUGCCACUAAGCAGGAGGAGGAAGCCCUGCUGAGUGAGAUGGAUGUAACAGGCCAGGCCUUUGAAGACAUGCAGGAGCAGAACAGCCGGCUGCUGCAGCAGUUGCGAGAGAAGGACGAUGCCAAUUUCAAGCUGAUGAGUGAGCGAAUCAAAUCUAACCAGAUCUACAAGCUGCUGAAGGAGGAGAAGGAGGAGCUGGCUGACCAAGUUCUUACUUUCAAAACCCAGGUGGAUGCCCAGCUGCUGGUUGUGCAAAAACUAGAAGAAAAAGAAGGAGUCCUACAGAGCACGCUGGCUGCUCUGGAAAAAGAGCUGGCUGUCAGAACACAAGCACUAGAACUCAAUAAGAGGAAGGCGGUGGAGGCUGCACAGCUGGCAGAGGACCUGAAGGUGCAGCUGGAGCACACGCAAGCCAAACUUAAGGAGAUCCAGGUCUCUGUGGCUGAGAACCGCACAGCCCGGGAGAGGGAGAGCAGCAACCUGAAACGAGCACAGGAGGAUCUGUCCAGGCUGAGACGGAAGCUGGAGAAACAGAAGAAGGUGGAAGUUUACUCUGAUGCAGAUGAGAUCCUACAAGAGGAGAUCAAUCAGUACAAGGCCAAGCUGCGUUGCCCCUGCUGCAACACACGUGACAAGGAGACGGUGCUCACCAAGUGUUUCCACGUUUUCUGCUACGAAUGUCUGAAGAUGCGCUACGACACCCGACAGAGAAAGUGCCCCAAGUGCAACUGUGCCUUUGGAGCCAACGACUUUCACCGCAUCUACAUCACCUAAGUCACUUAGCAACAGAGGAGCGAAAAGAGAAAAUAGUAGGCAGAACCAAAGGAGAGAAAAGAAUAGAGGAAAGACAGUGGAACUGAAGAUUUAUUCAAAGAGGCAGACAUUUUGGGGACAUCAGAUGAGUGUGUUUCCCCAUUUUGAUCUCUUUGGAAAGACUUGUUUUACCACAUCAUUGCCACCUGGUGAUUAAUUCGGUGACCAAACAGAUAGUGACACAUCUGACCGAGAGCGUUGUUCUGUAGUUAAUAAACACAGUUGUUUGUGCA